ACGAUGCGAAUGCGGCCACAAGUUGUGUUGGUCGAAAAUGGCGAGAGUGAUUUUAGUAUUUUAAUUAAAACUAUGAGUGUCUGGGUCUUUGGAAGCACGAAUGGACUUAAAUUAUGUGAUUAGUGUGAACAGUCGAUGACAGAAGUGUGAUUUCACUAAAGCUCAACAUGGCCAGCCCCUCUCCCCAGAGCAGCCCCAUGCCUCCCCCGCAAGCCCCCAGUCCCAUGGGUCCGCCCAUCCAAAGCCCCGCCCCGCCCCCGUCCCCUCACAGCCCUUACCAAGCCCCUCCCCCCAUGGGCGGCCACGUCAACGGCCCGCCUCCACAUUCCAUGCCGCCAAACGCCGGCCCCGGCCACCCUAACAUGGUCCCCAUGCAGCCCAAUCCCGGCCACCAACACCCCAUGAACCCGAACGCCCCCGGCCCGCACAUGCCUCCUCAGCCCCACUCCAUGCCUCCUCACGGCCCACAGCCCCACGCGGGCAUGCCCGGCGGCCCGCACCAACCCCCGCAAAACCACCCCAACGCUCCGCCGCCGCAGGGACACCCCGGCGGCCCGCAAGGCCACCCCAACCACCAGCCGCACCCGCCGCCGCAGGGACACCACAUGGGCGGGCCGCCGCCCCAAGGACACGCGGGCGGGCCACCGAUGCAGAUGCAGCCCGGGGGACCGCCGCCACCGCACCAGCCGCACGGCGGGCCGCCGCCGCCGCAAGGACACCCGGGCAUGCAGCCGGGGGCGCCGCCCCACGGGAUGGGCCCGGGGCACAGCAUGCAGCAAGGGCAGCCCUACCCGGGGCACCCGAUGCCCAUGGGGGCGCAUCCGCAGCAAGGACAGAACCCGUCGUCGUCGCCCGGACCGCAGGGACCUCCUCCGGGCCCGCCUGGUCCAGGCCAGCCGGGACAACCCGGACCGCAAGGCCAGGAGAAUUUGAAUGCGUUGCAGAGGGCUAUAGACUCCAUGGAGGAGAAAGGGUUGCAGGAAGACCCCAGAUACUCGCAGUUGCUGGCGCUGAGGGCUCGGACCAAUGGGAGCAACACGAUUUUUAGCCCAUUGCAGAUGAACCAGUUGAGGGCGCAAAUCAUGGCGUAUCGGUUGUUGGCUAGAAAUCAGCCGCUGAGUCAGCAGAUGGUCAAUGCGGUGCAAGGGAAAAGGCCCGAUGGGGCUCCGCAGUGCCCGACGCCGCCGUCGAGUCCAUUCCAGCCCCAGGGGGGUCCGGUACAGGCUCAGUCGGGUGGUCCACCCGCUAGCGAACCUAACGAACCACUUCCGCCCGAAAGCGGUCCUACGCAACAAAGCAUGCGACCUCCGGGACCUCCUGGUCCGCAGUCGGGACCUCCGCCUGGUCCUCCCGGUCCAGUUCCACCACAGGUCCAAAUCCAGGGUGUCAAACCCGGUCCGCCUGGAGGACCCCAGCAAAUUCCUUCGGGAGUGCGUCCUGGUGCUCCAGGCCAGCAGCCACAAGGAGGCCAACAGCCGCAGCAACAACAAACCUCCACCAAACAAAACCGCAUUACAACCGUUCCUAAACCCGCAGGAAUCGACCCGGUUGUAAUCCUCCAGGAACGAGAAAACCGGUUGGCAUCGCGCAUCGCCGCCAGAAUGGACCAACUAAGCAACUUACCCACGAACAUGUCCGAAGACCUCCGAAUGCAAGCCCAAAUCGAGCUCCGAGCUCUGCGCUGUUUGAACUUCCAGCGCCAACUCCGAAGCGAAAUCAUAGCGUGUACUCGCCGGGACACCACCCUGGAGACCGCCGUCAACGUGAAAGCCUACAAGAGAACCAAACGUCAAGGUCUGCGUGAAGCCCGAGCCACCGAGAAGUUAGAAAAGCAACAAAAACUAGAAGCCGAGCGCAAACGUCGCCAGAAACAUCAAGAAUUCCUCACUUCGGUGCUCCAACACGGCAAAGACUUCAAGGAGUUCCAUCGCAACAACCAGGCGAAGUUGGCGCGGUUGAACAAAGCCGUAAUGAACUACCACGCGAACGCGGAACGCGAGCAAAAGAAAGAGCAAGAGCGGAUAGAGAAGGAGCGUAUGAGGAGACUGAUGGCGGAAGACGAAGAGGGUUAUAGGAAACUGAUCGACCAGAAGAAAGACAAGCGAUUGGCGUUCUUAUUGUCGCAGACGGAUGAGUACAUCGCGAAUUUGACGGAGAUGGUGAAGCAGCACAAGUUGGAGCAGAAGCGCAAGCAACAGGAAGAAGAGAAGCGGAAGAAGAAGAAGAAGAAACGUGCUGAAGGGUUGGACGACGAUGGGUCGCAGGGGUCGGAUCGACCCAUCACUGUGGUGGAAAUUCUCACCGGGAAGAGAUUAUCGGGAGAGGAUGCCCCGAUGUUGAGUCAGUUGCAAGAGUGGCUGCUGCAGCACCCGGGUUGGGAGGCUAUAGAUUCGGAUGACGAAGAUUCCGACGAUGACGAUGAUGAUAAUGGGGGCAGACACCAUGACGCUAGCAAGUCGGAAGAAGAUAAGGCGAAGGAGGUCAUCAAUAAGGCGAAGGUGGAAGAUGAUGAGUACCACAAGAACGCCAACGAAGAACAAACUUACUAUAGUAUUGCCCAUACGGUUCACGAAAUCGUUACAGAACAAGCGUCCAUCAUGGUUAAUGGACAACUCAAGGAAUACCAGACUAAGGGUCUGGAGUGGCUGGUGUCUCUGUAUAAUAAUAACUUGAAUGGAAUUCUCGCUGAUGAGAUGGGUCUGGGUAAGACCAUACAGACCAUCGCCUUGAUUACGUACUUAAUGGAGAAGAAGAAGGUUAAUGGACCCUACUUGAUCAUCGUUCCUUUGUCAACCUUAUCCAACUGGGUUCUUGAGUUUGAAAAAUGGUCGCCUUCUGUGGUUGUGGUAUCUUACAAAGGUUCACCUGCUGGCAGACGAGCCAUUCAAAGCCAAAUGCGCUCCACAAAAUUCAACGUUCUCCUAACAACCUACGAAUACGUAAUUAAAGAUAAAGGUGUCCUGGCGAAACUGCCAUGGAAGUACAUGAUCAUAGACGAAGGCCACAGAAUGAAGAACCAUCACUGUAAACUAACCCAGGUUUUGAAUACCCACUACUUAGCCCCCCAUCGACUCCUCCUUACCGGUACUCCUCUCCAAAACAAACUCCCGGAGUUGUGGGCCCUCCUUAACUUCCUUUUACCCUCAAUUUUCAAGAGUUGCUCGACUUUCGAGCAGUGGUUCAACGCCCCGUUUGCCACCACGGGCGAAAAGGUCGAACUAAACGAAGAAGAAACGAUUUUGAUCAUCCGUCGUUUGCAUAAGGUGUUGCGACCGUUCUUACUGCGACGUUUAAAAAAGGAAGUGGAGUCGCAAUUGCCGGAUAAAGUGGAAUACAUAAUCAAGUGUGAUAUGUCGGGAUUACAAAAAGUCUUGUACAAGCACAUGCAAAGCAAAGGUGUUUUGUUGACUGAUGGUUCCGAAAAGGGUAACAAAGGUAAAGGCGGAGCCAAAGCCCUAAUGAACACAAUCGUGCAACUCCGGAAAUUGUGUAACCACCCCUUUAUGUUCCAAAACAUCGAAGAAAAAUACUGCGACCACGUCGGAAUAUCAGGGGGAGUUAUCUCAGGCCCGGAUUUGUACCGCGCGUCGGGUAAAUUCGAACUACUCGACCGAAUCCUCCCGAAAUUGAAAGCCACAGGACAUCGCGUCCUGCUUUUCUGUCAAAUGACCCAGUUGAUGACCAUCAUGGAAGACUACUUGACUUGGAGGGGCUUCGGUUACUUGCGACUCGACGGUACGACUAAAGCCGAAGACCGUGGUGACUUAUUGAGGAAAUUCAACGCGAAGAACAGCGACUAUUUCUUGUUUUUGCUGUCGACGCGCGCCGGUGGUUUAGGUUUGAAUUUACAAAGCGCAGACACUGUCAUCAUUUUCGAUUCGGAUUGGAACCCGCACCAGGAUUUGCAAGCGCAGGAUCGUGCUCAUCGUAUCGGGCAACAGAACGAAGUGAGAGUGUUGAGGUUGAUGACCGUGAACUCGGUGGAAGAGCGGAUUUUGGCGGCUGCUAGGUACAAGUUGAACAUGGACGAGAAGGUCAUUCAAGCUGGGAUGUUCGAUCAGAAGUCCACCGGGUCGGAACGACAACAGUUCUUACAGAGUAUUUUACACCAGGAUGGCGACGAAGAAGAGGAGGAGAACGAGGUUCCGGACGACGAAACGGUCAAUCAGAUGGUGGCUCGCUCGGAGGCGGAGUUCGAGCUUUUCCAGAAGAUGGAUUUGGAGCGGAGGCGCGAAGAGGCGAAGUUGGGGCCGAAUAGAAAGCCGAGGAUGAUGGAAAUCAGCGAGUUGCCGCAUUGGUUGGUGAAAGAAGACGAUGAGGUGGAUCCGUGGAGCUACGACGAAACGGAGUCGGCGCUGGGACGUGGCACGAGGCAGAGGAAAGAGGUGGAUUAUACUGAUAGUUUGACGGAGAAGGAGUGGUUGAAAGCGAUUGACGACGGAGGGGAUUAUGAUGACGACGACGACGAAGAGGAAAAAGUGAAGAAGCGACGAGGUCGGAAGAGGAAGAAGAGAGGAGAAGACUCGGAUAGUGAGGUCGGGACGAGUGCCAAACGACGACGAGGACAGACGAGUGCGGAUGUGAAGAUCAAACGACAAAUGAGAAAGUUAAUGAAUAUAGUCACAACGUACACUGACAGCGACGGGCGACUAUUAAGUGAACCCUUCAUGAAACUACCACCCAGGAAGGAUUACCCCGACUACUACGACAUUAUCAAAAAACCCAUUGACAUCAACAAAAUCCUAGGGAGAAUUGAAGAUGGAAAGUAUAACGAUUUUACGGAUUUGGAGCGGGACUUUAUGCUGUUGUGUCAAAACGCCCAAAUCUAUAACGAGGAAGCGUCUUUAAUCCAUGAAGACAGUAUUGUGUUACAAUCUGUAUUUACCAAUGCUAAACAACGUAUAGAGGCAGGAGGGCCCGAUUCCGACGACGAUAAAGACGAUAAGUCCGACACAGAAUCAGUCAAGAUGAAAAUCAAGCUUAAAAAUAAGAAAACUAGUGGAAGACGUAAGAGAUCAGCGAAGCGGUAUGUCUCAGAUGAUGAUGACGACGACGACGAUUAAGGUAUUUUAGCUUUUUUUGAAUUUUUAGUUGAAUUAUAGCGAAAAAAUGGAAAUAUAACGUUAGACUAAGUCCACGCUGUGUAAUAUUUGGAUAGAUUUAUACUGAUAAGAUUUUUUUCAUUUUUGUUCAUGAUGUAUGUAUUUAUUUGCAAAGUAUCUAAUUUUAUAGAUAAAGUAGGGUCUCACUUGAUUAUUUGUGCUAUAAUAAACACGUGUAGGUUAA